AUGAAGUUGGGAUAUUCUGUAUUCAUUUGUGUGUGCUUGCAGGUGGUAGUCCCUAAGAGAGCGGCGCUGCUAUUGGACAGAAUAAUGGUGGCAUUGCAGAAGGCAGUUGAUGAGGAGAACACGAUACCUCACCCACCCACUCCCCUAAGGACUCCUGUCGAAGAAACGAUGGAUCUACAAAGAAGAGGCAACCAAAAGAACGGACGAGUCUACUGGAGAUGUUAUUUCAACGCAGUCACAUGCUUCUGAACAGAGAAAAUAGAUAAAUCUGGAGUUAAAAGAGAAUU